AUGGCGACUAACAGUAAAAUAGAUCAAUUUAAAGACUGGUUAAACUGUUGUGGUAUCCAAUUGUCACCAAAGAUAAAAAUUGUUGAUUUCGAAACACACAAUCGGACCAAUGGUUUUGGCAUAGGUCUAAUAGCUAGUCAGGAUAUUCCCAAUGAUGAAGUGUUAUUUACUAUUCCAAGAAAUUUGAUAUUGAAUAUUGAUACCUGCAGCUUAUCCAAGUUCAAAGAUGGUAAUCAGAACAAAUUGCUGAAAAACUAUGAUUCAUGGUCUGGUUUGAUUAUAUGUUUGAUUUAUGAAUAUCAUUUGGGAGAACAAAGUCCAUGGUAUCAUUAUCUUAGUAUACUACCAGACAUUUACAAUGGAAAUGAUAACUUUUUUAAUAAAUUUCCAAUGUUUUGGUCACAAAAUGAAUUGGAUAAUUUGAAACCUUCGUUGGUUUUGGAGAGAAUUGGGAAAAGAGAAGCUGAGGAAAUGUACCAUAACUUAUUUCCAAGCUGUUUACGUGAUCUAGGGAUUGAAUCUUUAAAACCACAAGAAUACUCCAUAGAAUUAUUUCAUAGGAUUGCCACAAUUAUUAUGUCAUACUCAUUCGAUAUCGACAUGGGGAAUAAAAGUGAUGAAGAUGAUGAUAAUGAUGAUGAUGAAAAAAUGCACGAUGAAAAUAAACAGGAAUUAAAGGAUAUUGAUUUGCAAAAAAACCAUUCCAAGCAGGAUGAUGAUUUUAAUGACUAUGAAGUCGAAGAAGAAAAUGAAACAUUUUUAAAAAGCAUGGUUUGUGUAGCCGAUUUAUUGAAUGCAGACAGCACCCUUGUUAAUGCUAAUUUGGUUUAUGACAAUAGAACCCAUCUAGUAAUGAAAUCUGUCAAGGAAAUUAAAGGCCAAGAACAAAUAUACAACACCUAUGGAGAAUAUCCAAAUUCUGAAAUAUUAAGAAGAUAUGGAUAUGUUGAGUCACCCGUUACAUGCAGAUUUGAUAUUGGAGAAAUACCUUUAUGUUUAGUGAAAGAUUAUUAUAUUGAUAUAAUUAACAAUUCUAAUGAUAAUAGCAAUUCCAAUGAUAAUAGCAAUUCCAAGCAUAAAAAUACAACUAAAAUUAGUAAUACAAAGUUGAAUAGAAUAUUAGAUAUAAUUAGGAAUUCUGACUUAGAUGAAUUUUUGAAUGAAGAAGUAAUUUUGGAUAGUUAUGAAGUUUAUAAAUCCACAGAAAAGGGUAUUCAAGUCGAGUUUGUGUUUUUAAAUCAAUUUUUGACUGUAUUAGCAAUAAUUGUGGUAGAGUAUGAUAGAAAUUACAUCAAUGUGACAAAUUUGGUAAAAAACGUCAAUAGACUAUUAAAAAAAUGUUACCAGUUGGUGGAAUCGAAUAAAUUAACAGAACAAACUUUGAAACAUAUUUCAAAUAUUAUAAACGUCCGAAAGAAUGAGUAUCCUGCAACAGUAAAAAGUAACUUGAGCCAGAAAAUUGUAGCUCAAUCUCUCAUCUCAGACAAAUAUGUUACUAAUAAUUUACUCGGCUUAACUAGAUUAGAAUUAAAAAGAAUAAAUAUAUUGGAGGUGAGACGUUUUGUAUCAAAAUUAAUAAGUUUAAAGCAUCUUAACAUGCAAAGAAAUGGUUGUUCCAAAUUGGAAAAUAUCAAGUUCCCUGACAUGUUAGAGUAUUUGAAUUUAUCAUUGAAUAGAAUUGAAAUUAUAGAAAAUGUGUUAUUUUCUAAACACUUGGCUACUUUGAACUUAUGUUAUAAUAAAAUAAAAUUAUUUUCAAAUCUUGAUAGGUGUGGACAAUUAGUAAAACUUGAGUUAGAUUACAAUUUAAUUUCCAAGCUUGAUCUGUCCAAGCUCAAAAAUCUAAAGAUUCUUCAGUUGGAAGAUAAUUGUAGAAAGUCCAUUGAAAAUUUAAAUACAUUGUUGAGUUUGAAAGGAAAUACUGAUGACGCCUUUGAAAGUUUUUUCAAUUUAAAGAAAUUAAAUUUAAAACAAAACUUCAUUACAGCUAUUAGUAAACUUGUUUCAACAUUGCUAAAUUUAGUAAAAAUUGAUUUGUCCUAUAACGAUAUAUCAAAAAUUAAAAAUGUGGACCAAAUAAUCAAUCUCUUCGAAAUAGAUUUAUUAUAUAACAGAAUAAAAACUGUCAAAAACAUUGAAAAAUUAGUGAACUUGAGUAUGAUAAACUUAUCAAAGAACAGUAUUACUGGGUUGUAA